AUGACCGCUUCGGUUAGGGUCAAAUCACAGAUCGCGACCCAAAGGAUGAAGGAGCUUCAUACCCAAUGCACGGUCAUGGUUGUACACGACUUGCACCAAUUAAUCAGCCAGCUCAUCGCCGAAAAAAUGGGCAUCUCAGACAACAACGUGACUUUAGUCCUAGUCGCAAGCUCAAUUGGAUGUGCGCUGGCCCGGCUUUAUGCACAAAAGGAUCCUGGCACCGCGGCUGGGUUACUAUUUCUUGAUAGCGUCCUUGCCAAUUCGGACUGUGUUUCGAUCUUUCCAGACCCAGAUACCGAAGGAUUUGAUCCUGCUGUCUUACCUGCGGGGAUCACUCACGAGAUGCUAUGCCAGUCAAGAGAAGCUACACACGACGCACCUUCCAUCCUGAGCGAUGGACCCAUCAUGCAGGGGCCGGAGAAUGAGCAUGGGCCCUAUGUAAGGAUUACGCAGUUGGAGAGGAGUAUGGGGCCGUUGCUUGCGCCAACUUCGGGACAUUUUUUGCAAAGGAUAAUCCUGCGUUUGUGGCCUCAAGAGUUGAAUGAAAUUCUGUCCCAAGUUCUGUAA